AUUUUCAGGGUUGGUACCUUAAAUUUGAAGGUUGAGUCUACCGGAGCUAGCGGGUAAUUUGGUAACGGCACGUGAGAAUGACCAAACGUAAAAAAACCGAAAAACAAAAAAAUCAAUUAACCAAGACAACUCAAAGCAAAGAGGUGAGACAAAAGAAAGCGAAGAAGUCUAAGAAGAGCUUAAAAAAGAAUAUUAAUGUAUGCAGUAAUACACCUACACAACGAAAUGACAAAAGUAAAAAAGAUCAUAUCACUAAGGAUGCAUUCUCGACAAUACAACCAAAGGGAUCCAAGAGCAAGAAAAAAGUCGCAUUCGACGAAGACUCGAGUGAUAGUUAUUUCGAACCGAUCGAAGCAAGCUGGAGUGCAGAUGAUAUGUUGGAGGACAGCGGUGAUCAGUGGCUGAGUAGUAAUAAAGUUGCUGAAUGUUCCACAAGUGAUGAGAAACAGAGUGGUACGGAGUCAUCAAGUAACGAUCUAGAAGAAUCCGAAGAUGAUCAAGAUGAAGAGUUGAGUGAAGAAGACUUGAAUACCUUGUUAAAUACUAAGCAGAAACCAGUCAAACCGAAAAGCAAAUGUCAGCAGAAAGAAUCCUCAAAUGCUAUGAAAAGGGCUCUUGAACCAACUGGAAACGCCGCUCCAUCUGCGAAGAAAAUGAAAGUCACAGACAACUCGAAGUUUGCCGGUGGGACAAAUGCAGGUGGUAACGCUGAUAAGGCUUCAUCUAUUGUUGGGUGGGCGAAUAAAUCUGCUAUGUUAGAAGAGAUUAAGAAGCGUGCAAUUGAACUGGCAUCUAUCACUCUUUACGUGAGUCCAAUCCCAUCAAAUUGUACCGAAUCCAUGCUGAAGACACUGUCACCGACUAUGGUGUCAUACAGACUAUCGAUUAAAAAUAAGACAAAACUCCCGCGUCUAUUUGCAUUUCUACAGUAUGCUGAUAUGGACUCAGCUGUGGCUGCAAGAAAAGCUAUUUGUGGUCGUCUGUUUGGUGGGAAGACUGUAUCCGCCCAUCCCAAUCAUCUACCAUUUACAAAUGACCUUGAUACACAGUAUGUUAACCAAAAUCAACUCUUUGUAACUGGCUUCGGUUCGUCUGUUACAAAAAGUGAACUCAGUCAUAUAUUCCCCAAGGGUAAUAUUGAAUUCCCAGUGACGAAAGAUGGACGACCCUGUGGCUACGCCGUCGUCACAUUUGUGAAUGAAAAUGUCACAGCGGAAGCCUUCUUAACUACACACAAAAGACUUGUUCGUGGUCUACCAAUAUUCGUCAACUUUGUAAUAAAAUCGUCAUCUCUGUCCAAGGAAGGUAGUAAACCGACAAAUGAAGCUGCUGCUGCUAAUAAAAACCAAUCACCAGUGAUAAAGAAGCAGGAAAAAGUGAAAGAAACGCUACGGGAAGAAAAAUCUCGCUUAGUACCAGCAGCAGGGGAUAAAAAAUCAUCCUGUGACACAACAGUCGUCAAUACUACUACCACUACAGCUUCUUCGGUGAAUAACAAAGUUUUAGUCCGACAACUUCCACCUGAAGCUGAUGAUGAUGAUGGAUCCGAAUCAUCUUCAGAGGAUGUGUCAGAGGACGAAAGUGAAGCAGAUGGUUUCCUCGUACGUUGUCAACCACAGAAAAACGACACGACUGGCAGCGGGACAUCGAUACUGAAUAAUCUUGUUACCUCGAAGACGCUUAGUAAGAAGACAUUGGCCAUGUCUGAGGAGAAGAAACAGAAAUCCAUUGCUGCUGAACAGAAUGAUGAUGACUAUGAUUCGGAUAGUGAACAAGAUGAUGAUGAUGAUGAAGAGUCAGAUGUCGAUGAAGAUGAAACUAGUGAUGAAGACAGCGAAGAGGAAAAUGAUGACGAAAGUGACGAUGAGGAACUCGACGACGAAGAUGAUGAUGAUGAUAGUGAUGGAACGAUUGAAAGUGAAGAUGAUAGUAUAACACCAAAAAGCGGAAAGGCCUCAGUAGCUGACAAGUCUGAACUUUUCACACCACCAUCCUCUGCCAACAGUUCUGAUGAAAAUAUUGAUAACGAGCUAAUGGCUGUUAUCCAAGCUAAGCGCAGUGCAAAAAAAUCAUUCAAAUCAUUUGGAGGUAAACGUAAGUGGAACUAUAGUGGCAGUAACAACAAAAAAAACGCUGUUAAGGAUUUCGAGAAUAAUGUGAAACCUCAAAUGGUGAGUGUGUAUUGUUGAGCCUGUAUGUCGUUUGGACUCAGUGUUCACGCUUCUAUGUGAAUAAGACGUGCAAUGCUAAUCCAAUUUCUUUUUCAGUCUUCCCGAAGAAAACUAAUACUGUACAAUGUGAGCAGCCUGGAGAUGCUAAUUUAUGCACCCAUCCUAUUCAUCUACUAUUUAGCAUAUGCGCAGAUCUUAACUGAUGGUAUGUUAAAUGAGUCUAAUUGGUGCCUAGUUAACUGGAAAGAGAAAGCUGCUACCCACUGAUUAGGUGUGAUCAAAGCCUCAGCUAAAAGGAUAUCGAAAGACCAAGCUAUUUGUGGGCAACUGACUGCGUGCAUAUGUUCAGUAGUGAUCCUGAAUUGAAUGAUCAUGAAAUCAAACAGUUAUUCGUGUACAUAGAAUGUUUUGUUCACUGAUAAUUGAUGAUACAUAGUAAAGGGUUCAGUAAGCACGUUUGUGAAAAUUGCCUGUUAGAAAUCCAAAUUGAUCAUUGUCGAGCUGUUGUCCUCCUCGCGUGUACUGCUUUCAACGAUACUAAUUCCUCAUUGGUUGGUUGUUCUUUUGUUUGUAAUACGUGAAUUUUGUGUUGCCAUCAAAGCAUUUCCAUUGUAUAUAAGUGUGUGUGCAAACUACCCCGGGAGAAAUAGCAUUCCUCAGUCCGGUGUCGUCCUCUCGCUUGUAUUGACUGCGAGGGUUUUCGAGAAUGCUACUCAGUCUGUCUGUGUAACAACCAGAUCAGAAGUUAGAAAUCUAGUAUAUAACCGUAAGUCCUGAAACACACAAUGGCGGUGCUGUUCAAACGAACACUGUAGAGAACCGUGUAUAGAAAUGCUUCAGCUUGCUCGGGUCUUCACAAUUCGUGAAAUCAACAAAAGUGGAAUGUUGCCGAGAACAUCUGUGAACGAAAACACUUGAAUCUUUUUUCUAGAAAGAAAAGGGUUUCGGAUACAUAAAUUUUGUUCAAUCGUUUUCAGUUUUAUGGUGUAUUUCGUGGGCUUCUGUAUUCGUAUGCAUUGGUUCAUACGUUCAGGUGUAAUGGUCUUCUUUACCACGAGUACUACAUUUUGCAUAUUUGCACAUCAAGUUUAAUUGACAGACUGAUACAUAAACGUUUGGAAUACUGUUCACGUAUAAUUGACAAACUUAUCUACUAGACUUGAUUCUCAUUCUUCUUCUGGUUAUCAUUAUUAUUUUUUACAGCUUCGUGUACCUGAUAUUGGAAAAAAGAAGAAGUAGGAGGGAUACUCAAUGGGUCAGCGACCUAUUUUACAUUGUAUAAAUAAAUUUACACACUUGACAAAAA